CACUUCCUGAGCUGCCUGGUGUUCGCCCGUUUGUCAUCCGGGGCCGCCUGUCUAUUGCUGUCCGUUGGUCGACUCGGGGACUCGGGGAUGCUGCGAGAUGGGAGUUGAAUCGCGCAAUCAACAAAGUGUCGGACGGAGUUUGAGACAAUAGGAGGGAGCUUUUCGUUAGUUUUCCCAUGAACCGAAAGUGAGCGCUGGAUGGAUUUUUGUUUCGAAGGGAUUUAAAAUAAAAUACCCGGGGUGAAAAUGAAGCUGCUGAAGCCGAGCUGGGUGAGCCACAACGGUAAACCCAUAUUUUCAGUUGACAUCCACCCCGAUGGAACAAAGUUUGCAACUGGUGGCCAAGGGGAGGAUUCGGGGAAGGUGAUGAUCUGGAACAUGGCGCCGGUCCUCAGAGAGGAGGAUGAGAAGAACGAGAAUAUUUCCAAAAUGCUUUGCCAGAUGGACAAUCACUUAGCCUGUGUGAACUGUGUGCGCUGGUCCAACAAUGGGCUGUAUCUGGCCUCUGGAGGAGACGACAAGCUGGUCAUGGUGUGGAAGAGAGCUGCGUUCAUCGGUCCCAGCACAGUGUUUGGGUCAAGCAGCAAGUUGGCCAAUGUGGAGCAGUGGAGGUGUGUCACAAUCCUGAGGAACCACACUGGAGAUGUGUUGGACGUGGCGUGGUCUCCUCGUGACGUGUGGCUGGCCUCCUGCAGUGUGGAUAACACCAUUGUGAUCUGGAACGCUCGCAAAUUUCCAGAGAUGGUCACUACUCUGCGAGGACACACUGGCCUGGUGAAAGGCCUCACAUGGGAUCCAGUGGGGAAAUACAUCGCCUCCCAGGCUGACGACCACAGUCUGAAAGUGUGGCGGACGGUGGACUGGCAGAUGGAUGCAAACAUCACCAAACCUUUCAGUGAGUGCGGUGGGACGACCCACGUCCUGCGUCUGUCCUGGUCUCCAGACGGUCAGUAUCUUGUGUCGGCUCAUGCAAUGAACAACUCCGGCCCCACCGCUCAGAUUGUGGAGAGAGAUGGCUGGAAGACUAAUAUGGACUUUGUGGGCCACCGUAAAGCUGUCACCGUGGUGAAAUUCAACCCAAAGAUUUUCAAGAAGAAGCAGAAGAACGGCAGCUCUCCGAAGCCCAGCUGUCCGUACUGCUGCUGCGCUGUUGGCAGCAAAGACCGAUCGCUCUCCGUCUGGCUCACCUCACUGAAGCGCCCUCUUGUGGUCAUCCAUGAUCUUUUCGAUAAAUCCAUUAUGGACAUUUCCUGGACAUUGACGGGUCUGGGGAUGUUGGUUUGUUCGAUGGAUGGCACAGUCGCCUAUUUGGACUUCUCCCUGGAUGAACUGGGAGACCCGCUGAAUGAAGAGGAGAAGAACAGUAUCCAUCAGAACAUCUACGGUAAGAGUCUGGCUAUAACCAGCACCGAGGCUCAGCUCUCCACCACCAUCAUCGAGAACCCCGAGAUUCUCAAAUACCAACAGGAGCGGCAGAACUCUGCCCAGGCCAACUCAGGACCAGGUGCUGCUGCACCUGAAUCCUCAGCACCCAAACUCAACAGUGUGAUGAACGGGGAGUCUCUGGAGGACAUCAGGAAGAAUCUUUUGAAGAAACAGGUGGAGACGAGAACAGCAGAUGGCAGAAGAAGAAUCACACCGCUCUGCAUUGCUCAGCUGGACACGGGGGAUUUCUCUCCGGCUUUGUUCAACAGUGUUCCCAUCCUGCCCUCGGGCUCAUCCAUGUCCAGCCAGCUCACCCCCCAGCUCAGCUCCGACUCCAGCCCAGGACAGGCCUCUUCUAUGGUGCUUAAGCCCACACACGACCCCAUGCUUACCUCACCUCCUCCCAACAACACUGCUAAGCCAAUGGAGGACAACAAUGAUGGUGUCAAAUCCAGUCUGCUGCUCACCUCUGCCUCCAAGAUUGAGCCAAUGAAAGCUUUGGACUCCAGGUUUACAGAGAGGUCAAAGGCCACACCAGGCGUGACAGCUGCCAUUUCGUCCACAGCUGGACUCACACCGUUAGACAGCAACAGGCCGAAAGACGGCGUCACCGCCCAGAAGGAGGCAAAAACCAAAGAAGAGACCAGCAGUGACAGCGAGGAUAAGAUGGCUGCCAUCAACAAGAACCUGACAUUUGGCAAGAGGAAACCAGAGCUGCUGCUGGAUGGAAGAGAGGUGCUGGAGAAGAGGAAGAAGGGACGGCCCAGGAAAGACAAGAUGGCUGCUUCCAUGGCCCAACCUUUCACUCAGAUAACUCCUCCCGCGGAACAGGAGCCCAGCAGGGUUGUAGCUCCUCCAGCUCCUGUCGCUGUUCUCAAACUACCAACACCAAGUACACAGAAAGCCUUCAGUCUGCAGGUGAGCAUGGAGCCCUCAGUGUUCCUGGAGGUGGAGAAUGAGGUGUCCAUGGUUGCAGGUUCGAAACUCAGCCAGCUGCGAUGCUCCAGAGACGGACGAGACUGGAACACGCUCCUGCCCAGCUCUGUGGUCGUUGCUGCAGGCAGCAGUGACAUCCUUGCAGUCGCCUGUGAGGACAGGAUGUUGUCAGUCUUCUCUUCCUGUGGGCGGCGACUCCUUCCUGCCAUUCAGCUAGGCACGCCUGCGUCUGCCUUACACUGCUCUGCCCACUACGUCAUGGUUCUGACCGCUGGAGCGACUUUGUCCGUGUGGGAUGUUCAGAAACAGAAGGCUCUGGUCAAGAACGAGUCUCUGCUGACUGUUUUGUCUGGUGCUGACACUACAGUGUCCCAGUCUCUGCUGACUCAGCAGGGAGUUCCAGUCAUUGGACUGUCCAACGGGAAGUCGUACUGCUUCAGCUCCUCUCUGGAGACAUGGACUCUGAUAGCAGAUAAAAGUGACUCUCUGGUUCAGUGUGCUGACUUCAGGAGCUGCCUGCCUAGCCACGAUACACCGGUGUCCUCUGGGCCUCUGGCUGUCAUGCAGGGACGCAACCUCAAUGCCGGUCGGCUAGCUUCCCGCCUCUCCUCCACCCCUCACCACCUGCAGCAGAGCAUGACGCUGGCCUUCCUGGAGAAUCAGCUGGCGUCUGCUUUGACUCUGCAGUCAGCACAGGAGUAUCGCUACUGGCUGCUCAUCUAUGCCCGUUUUCUCGUCAAUGAAGGCUCAGAGUAUCGCCUCAGAGAACUCUGCAAGGAGCUCCUGGGUCCUGUCCACAAAUCAGCGGCUACAUCCUGGGAGCCCACCACACUGGGUCUACGUAAGCGUGAGCUGCUGCGGGAGGUCUUACCCGUCAUCGGUGAAAACCUUCGGUUCCAGAGACUGUUCACUGAGUACCAGGAUCAGCUGGAGUUGCUGCGCAACAAAUAGCACGCGCUGCUACGCAGACAGAAACUGACACAAACACACACGGACUUAAAACAGUUCGGUUUGCCUCGGCUCAGCUCCGGUAAACUUCGACUGCUUUCUUCAACUUGAAACGCUGCUCUGGCUCAGACCUGAAAAACGCGACCUGGGUGUCUUCUGAGAACUUUAACAUCAGCCGGUCCUCAGCUUUUUGAGCGCUGGGACUUUUCAGUGCUGUCGUUCACCAGACAGUUUUUUUUUUUCUUUCUGGUUUUCAGUUUCAAUUCUCCUCUCCUGUCUUUAUUCCUUCUAAAUGUGAUCUUUUUGACCUAUGCACCUCCUGCCCUCCUAAUCAUGAACCUAGAAAAGGUAACUCAAGGGAGAUGGUGAUAGAAACGGUCGUCAGGUGCAGCAUCAGCAGCUGUAUGGAAUCAUUCUCAGAGGUCUUGGAGAGAGAUCAGAGGUAAAAUGUAAAGAGAAAUGUAAAUUAGAACAGAUUUAUAGGAGCAAUAUGCUUGCACCAAAGUGAUGCCAAUUUAGUGAGAAAUAGUCUCUCACCUGCAUCUGCCAGGUGAAGGAAAUGAAGGGCAUCCAGACUACGGAUCAGCUGGGUUUUUACAGGUUGGUAUUCCCGAGUGUACCGUUAUCUUUAAAAUCAGCAGUUCUCAUACCAAAAUGCGAAAAGGGUGGUAAAAUGCAAGGCCAUGACUGAAAUGCAGGAUUGUUGUCUGUGAAAUAAAAUUGGAAAAUUGAAAAAAGAA